CGAGCAAACAAGAACGGGUCGGCGAAGGCAAAAAUCUGACAUUAAUCCGCGGAGUGAUUCACAAAUUAAUAAAUUCCACCUAAAAUUCCGCAAGAGGAACAUCUCCUGUUGUCCUGAUUGUGUACCCAAGAGCAUCCCUGAAGUGUUUGUGAUUGAAUAAGUGUGUGGAAAUGCCGGGAAAUUGGUCAUUUUCCAUGUAAAAUUGCCGCAACGUUCCACUCAAUUACUCACGCCCGUUUUAUCGGUUGUGGUGGAGAAGACGGCCCAGCCCCAUUAGGAAGGGCUCACAGUGAUCAAGUUGCGCGAUGACGGAGAAAAUCACACUUGCGGACGCUCUGUCGAAUGUGGAGGUGCUGGAUGAGCUACCACUGCCCGAUGAGCAGCCCUGCAUUGAGGCACAGCCGUGUUCGGUUGUUUACAAAGCAAACUUCGACACGAACUUCGAGGACCGCAAUGGAUUCGUGACCGGAGUGGCCAAGUACAUUGAGGAAGCCACUGUUCAUGCUAAUCUCAAUGUCCUGCUGGAUGAGGGGCAGCAGCACGCUGUGAUGCUGUACACAUGGCGAUGCUGCUCGCGUGCCAUUCCGCAACCCAAGUCCAAUGAGCAGCCAAACAGAGUGGAAAUCUACGAAAAGACCGUCGAAGUACUCGCACCGGAGGUCAAUAAGCUCCUCAACUUUAUGUACUUCCAGAGAAAAGCCAUUGAGGCAUUUUGUGCGGAAGUGAAGCGUCUGUGUCAUUCGGAGAAGCGCAAGGAUUUCGUGUCAGAAGCCUACCUGCUGACCCUUGGGAAGUUCAUCAAUAUGUUUGCCGUGCUGGAUGAGCUGAAGAACAUGAAGUCCAGCGUGAAGAAUGACUACAGCACCUACCGUCGUGCUGCGCAAUUCCUCAAAGUCAUGUCCGACUCCCACACGCUGCAGGAAUCGCAAAAUCUCUCCAUGUUCCUUGCCACGCAGAACAAGAUCCGUGACGCCGUGCGCGAGACGCUGGAGAAGGUGAAUGGGUAUGAGGACCUCAUGGCGGAUGUGGUGAAUAUUUGCGUGCACAUGUUCGAGACGAAGAUGUACAUGACGCCCGAAGAGAAGCACAUGCUGGUGAAAGUGAUGGGCUUUGGGCUCUUCCUCAUGGACACGGAGGCGUGCAAUGUGAACAAGUUGGAUCAGAAGAAGAAGCUGCGCCUCGAUCGGAUUGAUAGGAUCUUCAAGAAUCUGGAGGUUGUACCACUUUUCGGGGAUAUGCAAAUCGCCCCAUUCAACUACAUCAAGCGCAGCAAGCACUUUGACCCCAGCAAAUGGCCCCUCUCCUCAUCCACGGCCAUCAGCCCACAGGCAGACCUCAUGGUGCACCUGCCGCAAAUCCGGGAGGAUCAUGUGAAGUACAUCUCAGAGCUGGCCAGGUAUACGAAUGAAGUGACCACAACGGUGAAAGAUAACACAACUGAUGCGGAAAAUCGCGCCACGGCAGACUUGGCGCUUCGUGGGUUGCAGCUACUCUCGGAAUGGAGUAGUGUUGUGACGGAGCUGUACUCAUGGAAGCUGCUACACCCCACGGAUCAUCAUCAGAACAAAGAAUGCCCCGUCGAGGCGGAAGAAUACGAGAGGGCAACACGCUACAAUUACACGGAUGAGGAGAAGUUUGCGCUUAUCGAGGUGAUUGCCAUGAUAAAGGGGCUUCAGGUGCUCAUGACGCGCAUUGAGACGGUGCUCUGUGAAGCUAUUCGUCGGAGUAUUUAUGCUGAGUUGCAGGACUUUGUGCAGUUGACCCUAAGGGAGCCUCUCCGGAAGGCAGUGAAGAAUAAAAAGGACCUAAUUAGAAGUAUCAUUAUGUCUGUGCGUGAAUCAUCAGCUGAUUGGCAGAAGGGUAGUGAAUCCUUGGAUGAUCCAGCUUUGAAGGGAAAAAAGGAUCCCGAUGGGGGAUUCAAGAUAGCCGUACCACGUCUCAAUGUUGGUCCUUCCUCAACACAACUCUACAUGGUGCGUACGAUGCUGGAAUCAUUGAUUGCAGACAAAUCCGGUGGGAAGCGUACGCUGAGGAAGGAUAUUGAUGGCACAUGCCUCAUGCAGAUUGAUCAGUUUCACAAGAAUUCCUUUUACUGGAGCUACAUCCUCAAUUUCAGCGAAAGCCUGCAGAAAUGCUGCGAUCUCUCGCAACUUUGGUACAGAGAAUUCUACCUGGAGAUGACAAUGGGUAGGAAGGUGAAUCACUGCAAGGUGAUGCAUCAGCACAAUGAGGAAUGCAAUGAUUUAAUCACAAUGGAGAAGCGAAUUCAAUUCCCCAUUGAAAUGUCCAUGCCGUGGAUUCUCACGGAUCACAUUUUGCGCACAAAGGAGCCAUCAAUGAUGGAAUUUGUCCUGUAUCCGCUUGAUUUGUACAACGAUUCAGCCCACUAUGCCCUCACGGUGUUCCGGAAGCAAUUCCUCUACGACGAAGUGGAGGCUGAGGUGAAUUUGUGCUUUGAUCAGUUUGUCUACAAGUUGAGUGAACAAAUUUUCGCCCACUACAAACAAUUGGCCGGAAGUAUGAAUUUGGAUAAACGUUUCCGUGUUGAAUGCGAAGUGUUGGGAUUCAAUUUUCAAUCAUACCCACGGAAUAAUCGCUACGAAACCCUCCUGAAGCAGCGACACGUCCAACUCUUGGGGAGAUCCAUUGAUCUCAAUAAGCUCAUAACGCAGCGCAUUAAUGCGGACAUGCACAAGAGUCUGGAGCUGGCAAUUAGUCGCUUCGAAGCGACGGACAUCACGGGAAUUGUGGAGCUUGAGGGUCUUAUUCAGGUCAAUCGUAUUUGUCAUAAAUUGCUAAGCAAGUACCUUGCUCUCGAUGAUUUUGAAUCCAUGGUUAAGGAGGCAAAUCAUCUCGUACAAGCACCCUAUGGGCGGGUCACGCUACACGUGUUCGUUGAGCUGAAUUAUGAUUUUCUCUCCAACUACUGCUACAAUGCGGCGACAAAUAGAUUCAUUCGCUGCCCCCAGGGCAUUGCUCUUGUGCACCCAAUUCAGCGGGAGAAGCCCCAGCAGAUGAGCCACUACUACCUCUGGGGCUCAAAGCAACUCAAUGCCGCCUAUUCGACGCAAUAUGGGCAGUAUUCGGGCUUUGUGGGGGCACCGCAUUUUCAUGCAAUGUGUCGCCUCCUGGGCUAUCAGGGCAUUGCAGUUGUCAUGGAUAUUAUCCUCAAGGACAUUGUUAAGCCCCUCAUCCAGGGGAAUUUGCUGCAAUUCACAAAAACUCUCAUGUCAGCAAUGCCAAAGACGUGCAAAUUGCCGAGAUUCGACUACGGAUCCCCUGGGGUGCUGAGCUACUACCAUGCCCACCUAAUAGAUAUUGUUCAGUAUCCGGAUGCAAAGACUGAGCUGUUCCAGCUCUUCCGGGAGUUUGGGAAUAGCAUCAUUUUUUGCCUCCUGAUCGAACAGGCUCUAUCACAGGAGGAAGUUUGCGAUCUCCUGCAUGCUGCCCCAUUCCAAAAUAUCCUCCCACGCCCAUACUGCAAGGAUGGCGAGAAGCCGGAGACGAAGCAGAAGCGCCUGGAGAGUAAGUACUCCUCGUUGCAGAUUGUGUCGAAUGUGGAGAAAUUUGGGACGGCAAAACAGGCGAUGAUUGCACGUGAGGGAGAUUUGCUAACGCGAGAGAGGUUGUGUUGUGGUUUGAGUAUCUUUGAGGUGAUUCUGGGGCGUGUUAAGAGCUACAUGGAUGACCCAGUGUGGAUGGGACCACCACCCAUUAAUGGUGUAAUGAAUAUUGAUGAAUGUUCCGAGUUUCAUCGACUAUGGUCAGCUCUGCAGUUUGUCUACUGCAUUCCCGUGGCGGAUACUGAAUUCACCGUUGAGCAACUCUUCGGGGAGGGUCUCAACUGGGCAGGUUGUGUAAUGAUUGUCCUCCUUGGGCAACAAAGGAAAUUCGAAGCUCUUGACUUUUGCUAUCACAUUUUGCGCGUUCAACGUGUCGAUGGGAAGGAUGAAACCGUCAAGGGGAUUAACCUGAAGCGUCUCGUUGAUCGCAUUCGUCGCUUUCAAGUGCUAAAUUCGCAGAUUUUUGCUGUUUUAAAUAAAUACUUGAAGAGCGGCGACAGUGAGGGGUCCACAGUGGAGCACGUACGCUGCUUCCCACCACCACCACAUCCAUCAAUGAUGCCCGCAUCGCACUAUCACGAUCCCAAUAAAAUAAGACAUUAAAAAUAAAUUCUUCGUGAAAAAUUAUUAUUGAAACAAA